GAUGCCAUGAGUCUGGUAAAACAGUGCCCCAUACAGUCAACACUAAUGGCUAGAAAUCAGUUUGUGCCUUCCUCCUCGAAUGAUGCCCCAUCCCCCCAAAAUUCAAGACACGCAGAAGACUGUCUAGGCCCUGGAACAUCUUCCGCCAACGCAACCUACUCCUAUUUUUCCCCAUUUCAUAGCGACGAGGGUAUUACAGAAAUCUCUCCCAAUGGGGCCACAAACAGCCUCCUGGAUGACGCUCUCUCCGCCGCCAUGGAAGCCAUUGAUGAGACAGAUCGUUUCAGUGCGCGCGACGCAUUGUGUGCUAUUGGACCCGAAGUUGCUACCCUGCCCACCGUCCCGGUGAAUUCCAGUUUCGAGUCCCUGGAAAAGGCCAACUGCAACCUUAGUUUUCAAAGCAUGGGCUCAAGUCGCUCGUCCACCGAUGAAUUGCUUAAACACGAAUACGAAAAAAUCGACGAACCGGAAGAUUAUAAGGAAGCUGAAAAGAAGCACUUCAUCUUGAAUGCAGCCUCAACAAAAGAUGCGGUCGACCUCGGAUGUGAGCAAACAGGUGCUGCAGCGCCCACAUUGCGUACUUCACCUUCUCACUCCUCCCUGAUCCUUCCUUCGACCUCGGCCCACAGUAAUUGGCGAUUCUUGCUCCGCCCCAUCUUUGAAGCGGCCCUGGUUGAGCGUUUAUGGAAGCUCGGGGAACUCGGUUCGUCUAGCCCACAAGCUCUUCUUUUGUCCAUCUGGUUUAUCCUCUCUCGCCACUUUGGUGUCGGGUGCCGUAAUGAUCACGCCAAAUUGUUGUUCGGUUGCCUUGAUGUCGGAUUGGAUGCUGCUACCGGAGAACGCCAACUGCGUUUUUUUCGCACAGUGGACGACACCUUCAGAGAAUCGGAGGACGGCACCUUUUCACGCGAUCCAUCCUGCCGACCGGAUCAAGUGGUGCCCGCUCAACCAGAUAGACCAGAACGCUGCCCUGUUCGCUUGUUCGAGACUUAUUGUGCCCGGCGACUGCCUAGUGUCAGUUUCCCAAACUCGCCCUUGUACUUACAGCCGGAGCGCACAGCUGUGACUAAUUGCCAACUCGCUGGAGCGGAGGCAAAGACCAUUUGGUACUCCAUAAGUGGACUGGGUAAGAACAAAAUCGGUUCAAUGCUUAAUUUUGCUUUGCAAAGCGUUGGAAUGCCAAUCAGUGGGCAGGCCAAUUUGCAUCGUAUUUGUGACGUCUUGACCACGCUGGCGCUCACACCUGCCAGUGGUGCUGUUGGAUUACGAUUGGCUGAGUUGACGGCCUCAUGCUGGAAAUCGGAGACAACAAUGUUACGUGAAGAGCUGGAAUCCUGCGCUUAUCACAUCGUGCGUGAAGCCGCUACUCGUGGUUCGCCUAUAAACCAGAUGCUAACACGAUUAUGCUCGAUCAAAGCUUUCUCCGUCAGACAUUCUCGUAGCGCAUCGAAAACCUGUCUUGCAGCGUUACCUUUAGCAAGUGGUCAGUCAGCCCCUGUGAUGAUGAGCAGUGCAUCGGACCUCAUCUUGUCCCGAGGAUCAACCACCUGUCGGCCUAUUACUGCGGCUCCAUUAAAACCCUCCCACAG